AUAUCUAUAGAACCGAGUGAUUCCCUUUAUACCUCCGAAGCAUUUUUGUAUAUAUAUAUAUAUAUAUAUAUAUAUAUAUAUAUAUAUAUAUAUAUAUAUAUAUAUAUAUCGGAUGAAACUUAAUUUGUUCCAACAGAUUUAUACAGUAAUCGUUGUGUUUUCGUCGAGAAUAUCCUGUGCAAAAUGUUUGUCAAAUUUAUAGUUUUUGUGAUAUUGUUCAUAGUCACUAUACAAUCCGUCAUUUGUAAACCUUAUAUAAAAGACAAUUUGCCCAUUAUGUGUCACCUUCCUGAAGACAAAGGACGUUGUAGGGCGUUAAUCCCAAGAUGGCGUUACGAUCCCGAUUCGAAACAGUGCAAACUAUUCAACUACGGUGGAUGUGCUGGAAAUGUUAACAAUUUUGUAUCUAAAGAAGUCUGCAUAGAAAAAUGCAAAGGUACCUAAAGUUACUAGUUUUGUAAUACCUACUUAAAACCAAAGUGAUAACUUACAUGAUUUGAUGUACA